CCUUUCUGGCUUCUGGGCUAGAAAAGAGAGUCGGUGCCGGUGGUAGAGAUGAAUGCUUGCUGGCAGCGACAGCUCGGAGUCGCCAAGGAGCGGCUGCUGUUGGUGGUUUCUUUGCAGAGACGCUGCUGUUCUUGAACAUUAUCCCACUGAGAGUACCAGGGACGUUCAGCCGGCAGCAUGUCCAAGCACAAACUUAUUAUACUGAGACACGGAGAAGGCGAAUGGAAUAAGCAGAACCGAUUCUGUAGCUGGGUGGACCAGAAACUUAACAGCGAAGGACUGGAGGAGGCGCGGAACUGUGGGAAGCAACUCAAAGCCCUGAACUUUGAGUUUGAUCUUGUCUUCACAUCCGUCCUUAACCGGUCCAUUCACACAGCCUGGCUGAUCCUGGAAGAGCUGGGGCAGGAAUGGGUUCCUGUGGAGAGCUCCUGGCGUCUCAAUGAGCGUCACUACGGAGCUUUGAUUGGUCUCAACCGGGAGAAAAUGGCUCUGAAUCACGGUGAAGAGCAGGUGAGGCUCUGGAGGAGAAGCUACAAUGUGACCCCGCCUCCCAUUGAGGAAUCCCAUCCCUACUUCCAUGAGAUCUACAGUGACCGUAGGUAUAAAGUGUGCGACGUGCCCCUGGAUCAGCUGCCACGUUCAGAAAGCUUGAAGGAUGUUCUGGAGAGACUUCUUCCCUUCUGGAAUGAGAGGAUUGCACCUGAAAUACUAAAGGGCAAAACCAUUCUGAUAUCCGCUCACGGGAACAGCAGUCGAGCCCUCCUGAAACAUCUAGAAGGGAUCUCAGAUGAAGACAUUAUCAACAUUACUCUUCCUACUGGAGUGCCCAUUCUGCUGGAGUUGGAUGAAAACCUGCGUGCUGUUGGUCCUCACCAGUUCCUGGGUGACCAGGAGGCCAUCCAGGCAGCUAUUAAGAAAGUGGAUGACCAAGGAAAAGUGAAACAAGCCAAAAAAUAAAACUCUCAGGCCCAGGAAUCAGUGCGGGAGAGAAGUUCAGUGUGUUACCAUGUGGGUUUCUCUUUUCCACAUUGGUCCCCUUUCCCCCAAGGCUAGACUUUGUGGUUGAGUUUGUGUAGAUAACUAGGUAAUUGAUCAUGACCCGGAUAUGACCUUAGGAUGCUCAAGAGCUUGUGGCGUAGGCCAAAGUGAACUUUUCUGCUAUUCCUGUUUGAGUAAAGUUCACAGACUAGUAACCAGAGGGGUUUGAUCGAGGCUGGUUUAUGAGUUGUGGAGACAGGAGAGUGACAAGUGGAGAUCGACUCGUUGAUCACUUAACAAGUCAUUACUGAGUUACCACUGCCAGGCCCCAUUCCAGGGAGCAGCUGUGAGAUUACCGUGUAGUACCGUGGUCAUUUAGACCCAUCAGCUGGGAGUGCCCAUCCACGGGGAGUGCCACGGGUGGGUCCUCCAGAAGGUGACCAGCCACUAAAACAGCGCAAGGCGCUUUCAUUUCCCCUAGCCCAGCGCCGUCCUGUUUGCCAACAGUGGAGACCGUCUUCAGCCACUAGAACGACCAGGAUGUGCACAGCUGUGGAUGUUUAUACUUUCUGUUUCAUUUUUAGUUUUGAACUUUAAUCUUUGGGUACUUAACAGGUAGUUUAAAAUAAAGUUUGUGACUGCAUAC